AAAAAAAAAAAAAAAAAAAAAAAACACUGAAAAAUCCCAGCCGAAAAGAGCCGACUAACCGCAGGCUACCUGAAGCUAACGCGCCUGAGCCAUGGCGUCGGAACAGUGCUCUCAGAUCGAAGCCGAACUCUAUUUCCUGAUUGUCAGAUUUCUUCAGUCGGGACCGUGCAAAAAAUCCGCCCAGACUCUGCGGGAGGAACUGGAGGAGUUUGAGAUCAUCCCUGAGCGCUGGAGCUGGGACGGAACCCGCUACAGGAGAAACUUUCAGGAUUGGGUGACACUGAAUCAGCACAUCCCAGCAGAUUACUUGUUGCGUGUGUGUGAGCAGUUGUGUCCGUUACUGGACACACACGUCCCCCCCAGUGUCCCUGGACUCCGCAGUCUGCUGGGGAGCGGAAGACAGUCUUUACUGCGUACUGCAAAGAGUUCUUCCCACACAGUAUGGACAGGUUCUGCUGUAGCUGCUCUGCACCGGGGGCGGCCCCCCGAACCGCCAAUCAACUUCUCCAAACCGCCAAAUAUCGUGUCAGUCAUUGGCGGUCGCCAGGCUACUGGGGUGGCUCGCUUGGGCCACGCCCUCCCAUCCUGCACCUACCAGCACAUGAAGAUGCACAGGAGGAUUCUGGGACACCUGUCGUCAGUGUACUGUGUGGCCUUUGACCGAACGGGCCGUCGCAUCUUUACGGGUUCAGACGACUGCCUGGUGAAGAUCUGGGCGACAGACGACGGGCGUCUGUUGGCGACGCUGCGAGGUCACGCGGCUGAGAUCUCAGACAUGGCGGUGAAUUACGAGAACACGCUCAUCGCUUCUGCCAGCUGUGACAAAGUCAUCCGUGUGUGGUGUCUCCGAACCUGCGCACCCAUCACUGUCCUACAGGCACACACGGCCUCCAUCACCUCUGUACAGUUCUCUCCAUCUUUUGUCGGUUCUACACGCUAUCUGGCCUCGACAGGAGCCGACGGCAUGGUGUGCUUCUGGCAGUGGAACAGCCUCACCAUGAAGUUCUCUGACAGACCAGUGAAGUUUGUGGAGCGCUCGCGUCCUGGGGUUCAGAUAUCAUGCUGCUCUUUCAGUACCGGUGGGAUGUUUCUGGCCACCGGAGGAACGGAUCAUGUGAUCAGGGUUUAUUACCUGGGUGCUGAGACCCCUGUGAAGCUGUCAGAUCUGGACUUGCACACAGAUAAAGUGGUUGCCAUGCAGUUCUGCAACAACACAGACAGUCUGCGCUUUGUGAGCGGCAGUCGUGACGGAACGGCGAGGAUCUGGCAGUACCAGCAGCAGGAGUGGAAGAGCGUCGUGCUGGACAUGAGCACCAAACUGCCCGGGAGCUCCGCAGCAUCAGGGGAGGACAAGACCACCAAGCUGGUGGUUACCAUGGUAGCAUGGGACCGCGGCGACCGAACGGUCGUCACCGCCGUCUCCAACUUACUUCUCAAAGUCUGGAGCUCCACAAACGGCCAGCUGCUACACGUGCUCUCGGGUCACGAUGACGAGGUCUUCGUCCUGGAGCCCCACCCCUUCGACUGGCGCAUCAUGCUGUCGGCAGGCCACGACGGCAACAUCUACAUCUGGGAUCUCAGCAAAGGCAACAAAAUUAGGAACUUCUUCAACAUGAUUGAAGGUCAGGGACACGGAGCUGUGUUCGACUGCAAGUUCUCCGCAGACGGUCAGCACUUUGCCUGCACCGACUCGCACGGGCAUCUCCUGAUCUUCGGCUUUGGCUGCAGUCAACUUUACGAGAAGAUCCCAGAUCAGAUGUUCUUCCAUACGGAUUUCCGGCCGUUGAUCCGAGACUCCAAUAACUACGUCCUGGACGAGCAGACGCAGCAGGCGCCUCACCUCAUGCCACCGCCGUUCCUCGUGGACGUGGACGGGAAUCCGCACCCUCCCAGAUUCCAGCGCCUCGUUCCCGGCCGAGAGAGCUGCAAGGACGAGCAGUUGGUGCCUCAGCUCGGCUACAUGUCUAACGGUGACGGAGAGGUGGUGGAACAGGUGAUUGGCCAGCAGACGGCGGACGAAGGUCAGGAAGAAAGUCCACUGGACAAUUUGAUCCGGCAGCUACAGAACCAGCAGGAUGACCGACUGAUCUCAGGCGCUGAAGAAGCAGACGGUCCUCUGUCGCCCCCUAACGUCGGCCUGCGCAGGAGCGGUCAGGUGGAAGGGGUUCGACAGAUGCACAAUAACGCCCCCCUCAGUCAGAUCGCCACAGAGAGGGACCUGCUGGCGUGGAGCCGCCGUGUGGUCGUUAACGAAAUCUCCUCAGGAGUCUUCAGAGUAAUGGAGGAGAGUCGAGCGGCUAAAGGAGAACUGGAGCGAUCUCUUUAUAACCUGGAGAGGAAGAAAAAACCUACUACACGAACGGAGACGGUUGACGUUUCGGUUCGCUCUUUGCGGAGACCUCAGAGGAAACAGCAGCAGAAGAGACACGCGUAUCACACGCGGUCAGCACGAGAGAGGAGGCGCGCUCGCACACUCAGCGACACGAGGGAGCACAGCCUCAGCGAGUCCGACAGCGAGGGAGAGCAGGAGGAGGAUCAGAACGACAACAGUGACGUGUCCUCUGAAGGUGAUGCUCAGUGGGAGGACGCCAGCAGCUCCAGCGACGACUCCAGCGAGUAUUCCGACUGGACGGCAGACGCAGGUAUCAACCUCCAGCCGCCCAAACGGCCAAUCAGAAGGCCGGCUCGUAUCGCCGGGAGCAGCAGCUCGGAGGACGAAGGGGAGGGGCGAAGAGAGGGGGAGGAGCGUCGCAAGAAGGAGGAGGAGGAAGAGGAGAAGAAAAAGAAAUCCAAACAAACUAAACAGAAGACUGUUCCUGCUGGUGAGCUUGAAGAGUGGCUUCCCCCACCCUGGAUAAUGGAGACGAUGCCCAGACGAUCUCCUUUCCUACCUCAGAUGGGGGAUGAGUUGAUAUAUUUUCGUCAGGGUCAUCAGGCGUAUGUGCGGGCAGUGCGACGUGCCAAAGUCUACAGCAUAAAUCCUCAGAAACAGCCCUGGAACAGACUAAAUCUCAGGGAUCAGGAGUGUGUGAAGGUGGUGGGUAUAAAGUAUGAGGUGGGUCCACCCACACUCUGCUGCCUCAAACUGGCCUUCCUGGACCCGCUCUCAGGGAAGAUGACUGGCGAGUCCUUCAGCUUGAAGUAUCAUGACAUGCCUGAUGUUAUAGAUUUUCUGGUGCUGCAACAGUUUUACAACGAGGCCAAAGAACGCAACUGGCAACCGGGUCUGCGUUUCAGAAGUAUUAUAGACGACGCCUGGUGGUUUGGUACAGUAGAGAGUCAGCAGCCGUACCAGCCUGAGUAUCCAGACAGCCUUUUUCAGUGCUACGCUGUCAGGUGGGAUAACAGUGAGCGAGAGAAAAUGAGCCCGUGGGACAUGGAGGCCAUACCGAAUGAAGCUGCACUACCAGACGAGGUCGGAGACAGUGUCCCUGUAACAGAGGAGGAGCUUCAGUCACUGCUGUACCAGCCGCAGGACGGCGAGUGGGGCGCACACACACGUGACGAAGAGUGUGAGAGAGUCAUCAGUGCCAUAGACCAGCUUCUGACAAUGGACAUAGCGAAGGCGUUCUCCUUUCCAGUGGAUCUGAGGGAUUAUCCUCUGUACUGCACUGUGGUGGCGUAUCCCACUGACCUCAGUACAAUCAGACAGAGACUGGUACACCGCUUCUACAGGAGGAUUUCAGCGCUGAUGUGGGAGGUUCGUUACAUCGAGCACAACGCCAGGACGUUCAACGAGCCGCACAGCCCCAUCGUCACAGCGGCUAAAGCACUCACUGACCUCCUGCUGCGGUUUAUUGGGGAUCAGAGCUGUACUGAUAUCUUGGAUCUGUACGAUAAGGCCAGGACGGAGCUCAGCAGUGCUGCUGAAGAAGAGGAGGAUGUUGACAUCGACUCUGACACUCCAGGCACGUCGACUGGCCAGAAACGCUCUGGUCAGUCGUCUCAGAAGCGCGGCGUGGUGCUGGACGUACAAGCGUGGUUCGGUCAGUGUAAAGAGCUGGUCAGGAGGAUGAUCAGCAGCCCUGACUCGGAACCCUUCCGCCAACCCGUGGACCUUUUCACCUAUCAAGACUACAGAGACAUCAUAGACACACCCAUGGACCUGGGCACGGUGAUGGAGACUCUUGUGGGAGGCAACUACGAGAAUCCUAUCGAGUUCGCCAAAGAUGUUCGACUUAUCUUCAGCAACUCUAAAGCGUACACACCAAACAAGAAGUCCCGGAUCUACAGCAUGACUCUGAGCUUGUCAGCGUUCUUCGAACAUCAGAUCAUCUCCAUCAUCUCCGAUUACAAGGUAGCCGUCCAGAACCAGAGACGCUGCCAACAGAGACUCAGCUACAGCAAAAGACUGCAAAUGUCCACGCCGGAGAGCCCCAAAGGGAAACCUAAGUCAGUGAAGAAAACUAAGACUCCCCAGCAGCCGAACAGCACCCGCUCACAGCAGCUCUCUGAAGAUUUGAACCUUGAUGAAGAUAGUCAGGCUUCAUCUUGCUCCUUGUCAGCAUCGACAUCCUCGUUGUUGGGUCAACUGGCAAGUAACCGAGUCACACGCAGCCGAGCUCUGAGCAAGAGAGCAGACGCUCAGUGCAACGGACCACUGACGAACGGAGGUCGAAGGUCACGUCGACGGCCGGGACAGGGAGACUCCUCAGACUCGGAGAGCUCGGAAUCUUCAUCCACAUCAUCGUCGUCUUCAUCUUCUUCCUCUUCGUCUUCUUCGUCCUCUUCCUCUGAGAGCGAAGCGAGUGACGGCGAAGUGGGCAGUUUCGCCGAAGGCGGAGACCACGACUACAGCAAAGCGUCACGUCUCUCUUUGGCACGCAAAAGCAAGAUCAGCUCUAGCUUUACCUCUAACACCAAACGGAAAAGAAGCAGACAGGAGGAGAAAACGACAGAGUGCCUCAAACGUGCACGUAGGGAACAGAUGCAUGUCCAAGCAGCCCAGAGCGAGAAUGAGGACGAGAAUGAAGAUGAAGAUGAAGAAGACGAGGGAGAGGAAGAAGAAGGGGAAGUGGAAGAAGGGGAAGUGGAGGAAGGGGAAGUGGAAGAAGGGGAAGAUGAGGAAAUGGAGGAAGAAGAAGGAGGAGAAGAAGGGGAGGUGCCGGAAGAAAAUGAGGAGGAGGAGGAGGACGAUGAGGGCGACGGUGAGGAGGAAGGUGAGGAGGAAGGUGAGGGUGACUGUGUGGAGGAAGGUGAGGGUGAUGGUGAGGAGGAAGGUGAGGGUGACGGUGAGGAGGAAGGUGAGGAGGAAGGUGAGGAGGAAGAGGAAUUGAGUCCACAACCUCAGCUUCCUGCCAGAAGUCAAAGGUCACAUCAGAGAACUGUGAAAGCAGGGCGUGUAAACACUCGUAACCAAGGGAGACGGACCGUAGUCUAUAACGACGACUCUGAGGACGACGCACCUUCAGCUGACCCACUCAACCUGGGCACGUCACGUUCCGGAAGAAUCCGCCGCAUGACCGAACGAGCAAGGGUCAGCCAUUUAAUGGGCUGGUCACACUGACCUUUGACCUUUUGGACAUAUUUUUUUAAGCAACUUCAGACAUUCAGACAUUCACUACAGCAAUACUGCAGGGAUUUUUGUAGCUGUAAAUGUACAGAUAUUUCUUUUUCUUCUCUUUUACGUUCUUAUUUUUUUAUUUAUUUUUAUUUUGUUAACGAGACUUUUGUUUACGACUCUGGAGCUUGUGGUGCUGACUCCGUCUCUCACUCUGAUGUUUAGCAAACCAAACCAGCCUUACUGUGAGCCAGAGCAUGGAGGAGUCUCCUUCUCUCUCUCUCUCUCUCUCUCUCUCUCUCUCUCUCUCUCUCUCUCUCCCUGUCUGUCUGUCACUCUCCCUGUCUCUCUCUCUCUCUCUCUCUCUCUCUCUCUCUCUCUC